UCGUGGGUGCCCAGGGUCCCCACCACAGCCCCCACCCUGCCUAUCGCUCUCGGGUGAGCUUUCACUGGUGGUCCUCUUGGCUGGACCUCGGGGGAUGUCACUGCCCUCUCUGCCCCCACCCCACCCCCUCACUGAUGCUGUUGGCCAGGACUUUGGCCUGGGCCACGGGGUGGGGGAGGUGGCCACGGCCUGGUGGGAGGUGGAUCACAGGAGCUAUAAAGCCCUUCUCUGCCCAUUUAGAGCUGAUAAGGAGAGCCUGCCAGAGUUCGUUUUCUAGGUCUCCUGACGCCAUGAGCAUCAGAUACUUCUUGGCUCUCUUUCUCCUCCUCCUGUUCUUGGGAUUUGAGGUCCAGGGGACCAUGAGUGAACUUGAGCCUGCCCCCACCCCCAGCCCCACGCUGUUCACCCAGAUGCAGGAAUCCCUGUAUGGUUACUGGGACUCGGCCAAGACAGUGGCCCAGGACCUGUACAAGAACCAGUACAUAACUGCCAUGGAUGAGAAGAUCAGGGAUAUGUACAGCAAAAGCACAGCAGCUGUGACCACUUAUGCAGGGAUCUUUACAGACCAGCUCUUUCAUAUGUUGAAAGGAGAACAGUGACAUCGCUGGAGGAGGGGGCGCAGCCCAGGCCCAGCACCCCUUGGCUCCCCAGACCUUGCUGGGGCCCACGAGGGGCGGGGUUGGCGGUCUGGAUGCCUGGAUACUCGCAGCUCUCUCAGGAUCUUACUGCCAACUCCAGCCUGACUUCUUAUCAAUAAUAAUAAUAACAACAAUUACUA